AUUUUCUUAUUCUUAUGCGAACUUUAUCUCUGGUCGACACUGAUGUUAGUCGACUGAACCUUUGGAGCUGCAGUGCUGCUACUUCUGAGACCUCGACCCGGGCCGAUGACCACGAGAUGGAGGAUGCCGCAACUUCGAAUCCAGCUCCACCCAACACUGUUAUCGAUCUGCCUGAUGAUGAUGAGGAUGAGGAGCCGCUGAAGCACAGGAGGAGUCGGAAAGCGCCUGUCGGCAAGGUGUCUCAGGAUGCGUCAGCGCCUGAGAUUCUGACUGUGGAGGGAGAGAACACCACUCGACACACGGUGACCUUCGCGACCCCACUGACGAGUGCUCAGCAGCCUUCCCUCUUCACGACUCACCACGUCCCAGAGGACCAAGCUGGUGCGGCGAAGGAGGCGAUACGCCAGGCGGGGCUCAUGAUGGAGCAGCUGAAGACCAUCCGGGAUGCGAGUCAAGCAAGCUAG